GACGAGGGCCGCUCGCGUUCGGUGCGAUGGCGGCGCCGAACGAAGAGGAGAUCCACGAGAUGAUCACCUCCGGCUCCGCCGCCGCCGCUGCGAGCCCGGGGUUCUUCAUGACCGCCGCCGCUGCGUGCCCGGGGUUCUUCACGCAAGAGGAGACGAGGGUGACGGCAGCUGUGGCGGCGCGCAACGAGCAUCGGGAGGACGUUGCCGACGGAAGCCAAGCCGUCGAAGAAGAAGGCGAGGAAGAAGAAGAGCCAACUGAAGCCGCCGCCAACCUGUCGAAGGGGAAGAAGAAGAGGAAGAAGGACUCGCCGCCUGCCGAACCGCGUAUCAAAUGGACGCCGAAGGAAGAGGAGUGCCUCGCCGAAGCUUGGAUGACCGUGUCCACGAACGGCAUAAUCGGGGCCAACCAGUCGUUCGACACGUACUGGUUUCGAGUGAGGCAGGCGUACGAGGAACGCAAGCUCGUCGAUCCCUACUUCAACAAGACGAACAUGAACAUGUACCGGGGAGACAAGGCAAUGGCCACCCAUUGGGGGAUCAUGCAGACGGCGUGCAGCAAAUGGCACGGCGUACAGGAGGAGAUCGACAAACGGCCGAUCAGCGGCCACGACUUGGAGCAAAGGCUGCGCCGAGCUUUGGACAUGUACACGGACGACACCGGCCUGCAGUUCAAGUUCCUCAACGUCUACGCCCGCCUCGAGAAGUGCGAGAAGUGGAAGGAAGUUCGCACGUCCCUCUCGAAAAGCAAGACCGAGCAGUACAACCCCGACGCUCCGGCGGCUUGCGCGUCGGAAGGGCGCCCUGAGCUCGGCCAGAAGAAGCAGAAAGAGCUCAAACGGACGGACAAUCCCGCCGACAGGCUGCAGGCGUCGAUGGACAAGUGCUGGGCCGACUUGAGAUCGCACGCCGACGGGAGGAACGACAAGUUCGACGGCAGGUGGCGGGAGAUGCUCGCCAACCAAGGCGUCCGGAUCGCCCUGCUGAAGACGACGGUGGCGGCGAAGAAGAGGAACACAGACUUGGCGUUCCUCAUGGGCGGCGGCGACAUGGAACUGAUGGACGAGGAGACGAGGAAUUGGUACCAGGGCCACCGCAACGACAUCCUCCGAGCCACUCCGUCGUCCCCGCCGGCUCCUACCUCGUCUACCUCACCAUCUACCUCGUCGACUGCGGCUGCUUCGACGUCCACUGCCGCUGCUUCAUCGUCGCCCGCCGCAGCCGCUUCGGCCACGCCCUGUGAGGAAACUGGUCCGUCGGACACCGCCGUGCCGGCUGGGACUGCCGACGAACCUGUCUCCGUGUAA